GAUGUACAAUGUUCUACAUAUUAAAGGAUGGUAUUGCAUUUAAGAUAAAGGGAAAGUUGACCAACCAGGACAGACAGUCAUCUGACUGAUCAAACCUUCGUGUUUGAGAGGAAAAUGAUCAGACUGAUAUUCUUUAUUUCUACCUCUAGAGGGUAGUAGUGUUUGUGAUCCCUCCCUAAUGAUAACCUUCUACAGGCUGUCAGGCUGUCACAUCACAGAGGAAGGCUGUGAUUCUCUGAGCUCAGCUCUGAAGUCAACCUCCUUCCUGAGACAACUAGAUCUAAGUAACAAUGAUCUGAAGGAUGCCGGCAUGAAGCUGCUCUCUGCUGGACUGAGGAACCAACUCUGCAAACUGGAGAUACUGAGGCUGUCAGGCUGUCUGGUCACAGAGGAAGGCUGUGCUUCUCUGGCCUCAGCUCUGAGGUCCAACCCCUUCCACCUGAGGGAACUGAACCUGAGCUACAAUCAUCCAGGAGAAAAAGGAUUGAAGCUGCUCUCUGCUGGACUGGAGGAUCCACACUGCAGACUGGAGAAACUCAAUGUGGAUCAUGGUGGAGAGUGCUGGAUCAAACCUGGUCUUAGGAAAUAUGCCUGUGAGCUCACACUGGACCCAAACACAGCAUGCAGACGCCUCUCUCUGUCUGAGGAGAACAGAAAGGUGACAUGGAGGAGAGAGGAGCAGCCGUAUCCUGAUCACCCAGAGAGAUUUGAGGACUGUGCACAGGUGCUGUGUAGAGAGGGUCUGUCUGGGCGCUGUUACUGGGAGGCAGAGUGGAGUGAAGGAGGAAGAUGGGUUGGUAUAGCAGUGACAUAUAAAGGAAUCAGCAGGAGAGGAGAGGGUGCUGACUGUGAGCUUGGAUACAAUAACAAGUCCUGGAGUCUGGACUGUGAUGGUAACAGUUACUCUGCCUGGCACAAUAAGAAGAGAACUGUCAUACCUGCCCCCCCCUCCAGCUCUCACAGAGUAGGAGUGUAUCUGGACUGGCCGGCCGGCACUCUGUCCUUCUACACAGUCUCCUCUGACACACUGACCCACCUGCACACAUUCCACAGCACAUUCACUGAGCCCCUCUAUCCUGGGUUCUGUGUUUAUUAUGACUCCUCAGUGUCCCUGUGUCAGGUAGAAUAGCCCACACACACUCUCACACACUGUGCUCACAUAGAUGUCAUUGAAGAUUGAACUGUAUACAGUUGGAAUUGAUAUCCCAGAGUGUUUGUAAAUAUUGGUGUGUGUAGAAUGUUUGUUUUGUUUUAACCUUUUAGAUGUAAAUAUUACUGAUAUUAAAUAUUAUUAAUAUCUCUAAAUAUUACCGACGCUUCCACCAGAGUGAGUUAUUUUUCCAAAACGGAAGCUAGCUUUAGUUAGCUUCCGUUACCUAGCAACCUAGCAUAAUACUCGUAGCAAUGCUACUACCUGCUAGUGUUACUUGUUAGCCUCCUAAUUGUACAUUUUGAAGCCAUACUACAGCGUUUGUCAUGUCGUUUUUGUCUAUCGGAAAAUAGUCGGUAGGAAUGUUCAGAAUCACACGUGUGACGUUACUCUGUGGGGCUUUCGAACUAUCGCACACGUGUGAUGCUGCUCCUUAACGGGUUAAUUGUUGACAAACAACAAUCCUGUCUUUGAUCUCAGUCCCACUGAAUGUGAUGAACUAAAUAGUGUCUUAGUGACUAAAUAAGGAGAAAUAAAGAUGUUUUAUACAGGA